CGCUGCCGGGCGGACUGCGGGAAGGUGGCUGUUUACCUUGUCCAAAAGAUACAUUUAAUAAUACCGCCUCCCCUCUCCUCAUCCCCCACCCCCAAAUCCUAUCAUCCCUUGCGGGCUGCGAUAAUAAAUAAAAGUCUUUAUUUCUCCCCCUCCAAAAGUUAAAGGGCCUCGUCCUCUCCCCGGGCUGCUGGAAGUGAGUUGUGAGCAGCGCUGCUUCGCCCUUCCGCCCUGCCCAGCGCCGGGCUCAGCGCAUGUGUAUCGUUAGAUGUAUAUAUAUUUGAUUGAGCGUCAGCCUUGACUUAUGUGCCUCUUAUCUCUGCUCUCUCCCCGAUGUGUGCCUGCAGUGGGGGAUUUGGCGAAGGAAGCUCGUAACAUGGCGGACACCGAGGAAGGCUUCGGGCUCCCGAGCACGCCGGCCGACUCGGAGGCCAAGGAGCUGCAGGCUGAGGCCAAGCAGGACCCCCAGCUGGGGACAACCAGCAAGGCCCCCACCUCUCCGCAGGCAGCCUUCACCCAGCAGGGCAUGGAGGGGAUCAAAGUGUUUUUGCACGAGCGGGAGCUGUGGCUGAAAUUUCACGAGGUGGGGACGGAGAUGAUCAUAACAAAGGCUGGAAGGGAGAAUUUUGCACAAAUACGCACCCUGAGCUUCUCCACGCGUGUUCCUGUGCGUGGGGAGUGCGUGCCCACGGCGGAAUGGAGGUGACCGGCCUCAGCCCCGCUGCUGCCCCGGGUCUCCGUGACACCCCUGCGAGGAUGGAUUGAGAAGAAAUUGUUUCUUCUGGCUCCUUUCUUAACCAGAACAGUUGGAUCGUUAAUCCCAAUUUCAGGCCUUUGGAAGCUUUCCAGGCAAGCGCCGAAUUGCAGCCACUUGGCCAAAAGCUGACCUUGUUUAGAGCCGUUCGCUGGGCGAUCUCGUUAAUAUUACCAUUAUUUUUAACUAAAGGAGCAGUUUGUCCUUCCGCGAUUUUGGAACGCCUUCCUUUUUUUUUUUUUUUUAUUUUUUUUUUCCCAGAGCCUUCUAAUUUCUUACGCGCUCAUUGAGGCCAAUAUAUGUGGAACACCCACACCAUCCCAUUUAAAAGUAUAUGUGGUCUUAAGCUACUGUUUAUAUACCGAUAGCGUAACGGUUUAGAUGCAUAAAUAGAUGUGCCCGCAAAUAAAUAGCAUGCGUGUCUAACGGCGUCCAGAUACACAUUUCUAUAUGUGUGUGCUCGCCUGCGUGGGUGUGUAGAAAAAUAUACAGCCUCGCAAAUCCAACUUUAUUGGGACUGUGCGUAAUGGAUUCCAUGGCCGGCUUAGUAAACCCGAUCCACAGAUAUUUGUAUGUGUACGCGGAUGUAUUGGAGUGCGUUUGAGGUUAUUUAGCUUUAUCCUCAAUACCAGCGUCUUUGAGGGCUGUUCAAGGGAAAUCCAGCGGAACGAUCACCUGCGAGGUCGGGGCUCUUUUCGCUACGGUUUGAAACGAACUGCCGUACCUGGCGCUGCCCGAGGUCGGUCUGAAAAGGGAAACUCUCCCGGAAAAAAAGAAUGGCAGCGUUAGAAGGCGAGGGCACAAUAAGCAACGCCAAGUCAGACUUUCAUUUUGCUCUGUCAUCUGGUAUUUGUUGUGGUCUUCCAAAAUUUGCCUGGAGAGGGAGGGUAAAAAAAAAUAGAGCUGGCUGCGAGUGGGUCUGUCUCACGGCUCGCCUUGCUCUGCUGCUGGAAAGGGCGACCUGUGCGGGAAAUGCGCGGCUGCGGAGCUGCUGGCAGCGCUGUCCUUCCGCCCCCAGGCACUGCGGGGACACGGGCUGCGCGCUGCCUCCGCUUGGGGACACGGGA